AUGUCGAAGUUCCUCGCUUUUGCCACCCUUGCUGCCGUCAUCGUCCAGCAGACGACUGCCGUCGCCGUUUGGGGACAAUGUGGCGGUAUUGGAUACACGGGCAGCACUACUUGUGAUUCAGGAUCGACUUGCAUUGUCGUCAAUUCAUAUUACUCGCAAUGCCAACCCUCCACUGCGACAACAAGUGCGCCUCCGACCACGACCACCACUCCAUCUGGAGGGGGAAGCACCGGCGGAACAUUGAACGCCAAAUUUGUCAGCCACGGAAAGAAAUUCUGGGGCUCUUGUGCAGAUUCGAAUACUCUGAACAUUGCUGCCAACGUUGCGAUCCUGACGUCCGACUUUGGCCAAGUCACGCCGGAAAACUCCAUGAAGUGGGAUGCUACGGAAAGCAGCCGUGGAUCAUUCAACUUCGCUGGUGCCGAUACUCUCGUCAAUUGGGCCACGUCGAACGGCAAAAUGAUUCGCGGUCAUACACUUGUUUGGCAUUCUCAACUGCCUGGCUGGGUCUCUUCCAUCGGUGACAAAACCACACUGUGGGAUGUUGUCAAUGAAAUCUUCAACGAGGAUGGCUCUCUUCGCUCAAGUGUUUUCUCAAAUGUCCUCGGCGAGUCAUUUGUCUCGAUUGCCUUCCAAGCGGCUCGGGCGGCGGAUGGUACCGCCAAGCUUUACAUCAACGACUACAAUCUCGACUCCAAUAACGCCAAGGUUCAGGGCUUAGUCGCUCUCGUCAAGCGGACUAAUGCGUCAAGCAAGUUGAUCGACGGUGUGGGAACACAGAUGCACCUCAGUGCUGGUGGUGUAGGGGGUGUGCAGGCUGCUCUUACCGCCUUGGCUGGCACCGGAUUGGAGGUUGCAAUCACCGAGCUUGAUAUUGCAGGUGCCUCAGCCAAUGAUUACACCGCUGUUGUAAAGGCUUGUCUUGCGACCUCGGCCUGUGUAUCGAUUACCAGCUGGGGCGUCAGUGACGCGAACUCCUGGCGCUCGGGCUCCACACCGCUGCUUUGGGACUCAAACUACCGGCCGAAGGCGGCUGAGACUGCCGUUCUUGCCGCUAUGUGA